ACCAAAAUCUGGCUCUGGGCUUUUUUCUCGUGAAAUGUUUGGAAGCAAAAGAGUGUUUUGUAGGCUAAUAAAAGUGACAAUUUAAUUGAGAUUGCGAGUGUAUUAAAAUGCUUCAAUGGAUAAUGAAUAUUUGUGGAAAGGGCGCGAAGAGAAAGACAGAAGGAGUCACAGAAUAUAUCAAGAAGCAGUGCGAAGAGCUGAUUCUCACGGAUGAGAAGACGAAGCUGUUCAUGUCACGACUGCUGGACGAGAUCAACAGAGGCCUGAAGAAGGAGACUCACGCGGAUGCGGACAUCAAGUGCUUCGUCACGUACGUGCAGGAUCUGCCGAAUGGCAAAGAGACUGGAAAAUUCCUGGCACUGGAUUUGGGCGGAACGAACUUCCGCGUGCUGCUGAUCCAUCUCAAGGGUGAGAAUGAGUUCGAGAUGCUGUCCAAGAUCUACGCCAUCCCGAAGACUAUCAUGGUGGGCACGGGAAAGCAGCUCUUCGAUCACAUUGCCGAGUGCUUGGCCAAUUUCAUGAAGGAACACAAUGUGUACAGCGAGCGACUUCCUCUGGGCUUCACGUUCUCCUUCCCACUCACACAGCUCGGACUGACGAAGGGAAUCCUGGCGCGAUGGACGAAGGGCUUCGAUUGCGACGGUGUUGUUGGCGUUGAUGUUGUGCAGCUGCUGAAGGAUGCAAUUGCGAGACGAGGAGAUGUUAAGAUAUUGGUGUUGGGAAUUCUCAAUGAUGCCACUGGAACGCUAAUGUCAUGCGCCCACAGAAAUCACAAUUGCCAAAUAGGUGUGAUUGUGGGAACUGGAAGCAAUGCUUGUUACGUGGAAAAGGUGGAGAAUGCUGAGCUGUUUGAUGUGCCAAAUAACAAGAAGCCACAUGUGCUGAUCAACACCGAGUGGGGCGCUUUUGGUGACAAUGGCGCACUGGACUUUGUGCGGACGGAGUUCGAUCGGGAGAUGGACGAGUACAGCAUCAAUCCGGGAAAGCAAUUACAGGAGAAAAUGAUCUCGGGCAUGUAUUUGGGCGAAUUGGCGCGUCUUGUCAUCCAGAAGUUCACGAAGAGCGGUCACUUGUUCGGCGGCCAAGGGUCAGAAUUGCUGUACAAGCGGUGGAAGUUCUUCACCAAGUACGUGUCUGAAAUUGAGUCCGACAAUGCCGGAUCGUUCAACAACUGUCGCGAAGUGAUGGAGGAAUUGGGCUUGGGACAUGCCACGGAUCAGGAUUGUGCCAAUGUGCGAUAUAUCUGCGAGUGCGUGUCACGCAGAGCGGCGCAUCUCGUGUCGGCCGGCAUUUCGGCGCUCAUCAAUAAGAUGGGAGAACCCGUAGUCACAGUCGGCGUUGAUGGCUCUGUUUAUCGUUUCCACCCGAAAUUCCACGAUCUGAUGAUGGAGAAGAUGAAGCAAUAUGUGACGCCUGGCAUCAGCUUCGACCUCAUGCUCUCGGAAGAUGGAUCAGGACGCGGAGCGGCACUCGUGGCGGCGGUGGCGUCGCGUGAGAAUCACUAGAGAAAGAAAGAAAUAACCCACAAAAUUCACAUUGUAAAUACGGGAAGAAAAAAAAAAUCUAUGGAGAUUGAAUUUAUCGAUCAUAUUUGGAUAAGAAUUUCAAUUCCGGUUUGGCUUUAAAAGUGUGACGAAAGAGUGGAAGGAAAAAGACAGACGCUUUACUAAGUUUUUGUAGAUUUGUUAUCAGCCGAAAUACAAGAGUGAAUGAAUUAUAAUCCAAUCAAUUUGAGAUUGUGCCAUUGAUUUGUUGCACCCCUCCAAAAGAAAAAAAAGAAAAGAAAGCAAAGAAAAUUCUCAUUAAAACAAGUUUGUAUAAAAAUAUAACGGAAAGACAAUACUUUUAAACUAAAAAACAAGAGGAAAACAACAUAGCAGAGAAAAACCAUAGAUUGUAAUAGUGAAUUAUUAUUUCAUAGCAAUAUAUCAUUUCACUUUUAUCCAUUCUAAUCAUACUUCAGUGUAGAUGA